AUGGCGGACGACGAGGUGGUAGAGGUGCGCGCAGGGGGGGACGACGAGCAGGGCGAGGUGAAGGACGGCGCAAGCGAUUACGAGGACUACGGCGACGAGGACGGCGACGAUGACGGCGACGAUGACGGAGAUAAUUACGGGGAUGAGGAGGAGGAAGAGUCGGAGGAAGAGGUGGAGGAGGAUACGCAAGGGGUGGUUGAGGAGGAGGAGGUGCAAGAGGCGGACACCCCGCGAGGAAACGACAGCCAGUACAAGGCGAGUCGCUUUCACCCGUAA